AUGGCCUCGCAAUCACUCCAGAAACCCUUCCAGAAGAUCUUGGAUCCUACCAAGAUUGGAACCUGGAAUAUCGUCCGCCGCCCGCCAAUCGAGAACCAAUCUGUGAUCCAAGGGAAAGCUCGCGAGCAGAAUUCAAAUGCUUUCAAGGCACACCAGGAGAAGGAGGGAGUCCGGCUUCGCAAGGCCCUGAAUGCCAUCACCCACGGGAAGAACAUCUUUGUCUACCACAACAUCCGCACCAACCAGGUUGUUUACUCGUUGACUCGGUAUCUCGAGAAAAACAGUGUCCUCCGCCAGCUGGUCUAUCACGGCAAGAAAACCGUUCCCGCAACUCUCCGGAAAGAUAUGUGGGUUCCCUACUACUCGGUGCACUUCAACGAUACCAAGGUCGGUCUUCGCGCCUACCACCUCCUCCGCGAGUUCGCCAUGCAGCGUCAACUUGCUCCCCCACGAGAAAUGGUCACAAUUAGCGAGCAGUUCCUGAACCAGAAGCGGCCACGAGACCCAGAGGAGGCCCGCAAGUUUGACGAAAAAUUCAAGGACAAGGUUGGCUGGUUGAUGGAAAAGAAGGACCGUGCCCGUGUCCUCAUGGACCAGAAGGCCACCAGUGUCGCUGACAUUGCUGCUGUUCUGGCUAUUCAAGAAGAAGAGAUCAAAAACGGAUUUGCCGAUGGAAAGAGAGGUUACCUUACCCGUACCGCCAGAAGACGCCGUAGGGAUGCUCGCACGAAGGAAGAGGCGAAGGCGGCAGAGCAGGCCGAGCGUGUGGCCGAAUUCGAGAAGGCCCUGAGCACCCCCGGCGUGGAAUACAAGAUCCAGGAGCCUCAGGGAGGCGAAUACGCUCUGAGCGAGGGCAUCAAGGUCCUCUGGACCGACGUUCACGACGCCCGGUAUGCUCAGUCGUGGCCCGAACAGGUACGACACGGUGAACUGGACUUGACCCGCCAACAUGUCAUCCCGGGACAAAAGGCCAUCUAUGGCACCGAGGUGCUUGCGGAUGGCUCUUUCAACGAGAAGGCUUAA